AGUUUUAAAAAUUUCAAAUUCAAGUAACUAUUAACUAGUUUACUAGUACUCUGUUUAUUAAUAUAUUUUGUGAAAAAUGGCACUAAAUAAAUUUAUGCAUCCCCGUAACAUUUACAAAAACCCGCCAGACUUUCGUGAACUCGCCAAAAAGUAUGAGGAAUUUUCAAAAGUUGCUAAAACGGACGUAUCUGGAAAAGUUAGUAUAGAUUUCAAAAAUCCUCAUGCAUUGAGGAUUUUAACAAAAUGCCUCUUGAAAUCUGAUUUUAAUCUUGAUGUGAAGAUACCUGAGGAUAGGCUGGUACCUACGCUUCCCUUAAGACUCAAUUACAUCCUCUGGAUUGAAGAUUUAUUAAGUUGUAUUGGACCUUGCGAUUUUGUAAGGGGUAUUGACAUAGGAACAGGAGCAUGUGCUAUUUACCCGCUACUAGCAGCAGUAAAAAAUAAAUGGCUUAUGGUUGGUACAGAAACUGAUGGUGAAAGUUAUAAUAAUGCAAUAGAAAAUGUUACAAAUAACAAAUUAGAAAAUUUAAUUGAAUUGAGAAAGAACAGUACAAAUACUACCAUUGAGCAUUUGUUUGAUGAUGACAACUCCCUUAUCUAUCAGUUUACAAUGUGCAACCCACCGUUCUACACUAACAUACAAGAACUUUGGGAAUCCCGAAGUCCAGCAAGGCCACCACCAAAAAAUGGUUUUACUGGUUCACCUCAGGAACUCAUAACAGAAGGAGGAGAGUUGCAGUUUUGCCGGCAAAUUAUUGAAGAAAGUAAAAAAGUUAAAGAUAAAAUAUUAAUUUUUACUACAAUGGUGGGGCACAAAUACAACCUCAAAGAGCUGAUAAUUGAUUUAAAAGCAGAAGGAAUUAAGCAUGCUACAACAGAGUUCUGUCAGGGUCGGAUUACAAGAUGGGGUCUAGCAUGGACAUUUCAAGACUAUGAUUUUUCUAAAAUAGAAUUGCAUAUAGACAAAUCCAAGAAGAAAAGUAGCACUAUUGUGUUUAGUUUACCUGAAAUUGAAGGUGUAGAAAACAGCUUUGAUAAUAUUUAUACAAAAACCAAAGAAAUUCUGCAGAAUUUACACUUAACAUAUAAAAUUAUCACAAAAAGAAAUAAUGAAAUUGUAUUAGACAUUAUGGCUAUGUCUAAUACUUGGUCAAACCAGAGGCGAAAACGCAGAUUAAUGAAAAGAAUGUGUGAAACAGGUGCCAAAAAACCAAAAGCUAAUGAUGUAUCUGCACUGGCAGCUCAUAUAGAAUCUUCUCAGUCCGCAACUACUAAUAAUGAAAAAAGGAAAGAUAAGCUGCAAGAGAAAAUAGAACUUAAUAAUACAAGUGAGGAAAGUAAAGGAGAAUUAAGUAACCCAGGCACAACCAAUGAACCUGUAGUACAUUCAAUAAUGAAGAUACAGUAUAAAAGUAGAGAUUCCUUCAUUGAAAUGGAAUUUAUUAGUGGAUCUGCUGGCAAAGAAGGCUUGCAUCAAAUUAUCCAAUACAUUAAAAAUAAUUGGAAGUAAAA